CACACUCACACUCGUCUUCACAUGCUCCCGUCCCUUUAUUCCAUUGGUAACAAUGACAAAUUCUCUCAGUCUCACUCUUCCUUUUUCGAUAAACCUCUGAUCCUUCUUCUCUAUUUGGAAUUCAAAUCCAACCGUUAAUUCAAUCCAUACACUCUUCUUUUCUCCCUCCCACUUAAUAUCAUUAUCAUUAUUAUUAUUAUUAUCAUCAUCAUUAUUAUUAUUUUCUGUUCUCUCCUACUCUACAAAUGACCACCACUACCACCACCGCGGCCACCGGAACUCCGGAAUCAUCCAAACUUUUCCAUACAACCGUUAACCGAACAGCCACCGAGGUCAGCAAGCAGGAUAUUCAAGCAGCCAUUGCUAAAGCGGUCGAGCUUCGAGCGCUUCAUGCGGCGCUGUUGCAAAGCAACAGCCCCGCACACCUUCGGGCGUCCCCCCACCCACAACUUGCUUCUCAACUCUCUGCUCAAGAUUACCCUGUUUUUACCCCAAGUUAUGAUGAUGUACCAAGAAAUCAAAGUUUUCCAAGUUGGGACGAAUGUAGCGUAAACGGAGGAGUUAACGACGAUUUAAGAUUCUUGUCCGAUUACAGAAACCCGAACGCAUCAUCAAGAACAUUGUUGCCACCCGAACUAAUGAACAUCGUCCCUCACACGUGCCCAUCCGAUGAUCAAAACUCUGUCACCGCGUCUUCAAACCACCACAUCACACUCCUCCGAGCCUCACCGGGACCCGAUUUCUCCAGAUCGAGAAGAAACAGUCUCGGCGAUUUUAGAUCCAUCUCAUCAUGUAACAAAUGCAAACCCGCAACGCUUACCACAAACAAUAACAACGGUGUGGAAAACGGUACCAAGAAUCAUAAGUACUCUAGCUUGGUGGUACCAAUGACCGAUUCCCAUUCAUCGCUUCACUCUCAUUCCAAACCGAAAUCCGGAAAGAGUCUUUCGUGGUUGUUUCCUCGGUUAAACAAGAAAAAACACAAAACUGUAGAAAACUCUCCAAACCCGAGAGAAUCGGAUGAAGCUUCGUAUAAAGAGUUGGGUAUAUUAUCGAUCGAAGCGUUAAAGGAAGAAUUACUUGAAGCGAACGAGCGACGGGAUGCAGCGUUAAUGGAAGUUUCGGAAAUGAAAUCUUCUAUAGGUGGGUUGAAAGAAAAGUUGGAGUAUUUAGAAAACUAUUGUGAAGAAUUGAAGAAGGCUUUAGGUCAAGCAGUGUUACAAACGAAAGAUAACGAUCACUCCCGAGCGGUAACGAAAGGAAAACCCGUUGAUGUAAACAACGAAAACAUGCCGGUUAGCAAUGAAGUAAUGGUGGAAGGGUUUAUGCAGAUAGUUUCCGAAGCAAGGUUAUCGGUAAAACACUUUUGUAAAACUUUAGUAGCUCAAAUCGAUGAAGGCGAUGCGGUUUUACUAGAGAAUUUGAACCUGAUUCUUCAACCUCAUAAGUUAUCUUUGAAUUCAAAAUACUCGAGAGCGGUUUUGUACCAUCUAGAAGCGAUUAUAACCCAAUCGUUAUAUCAAGAUUUUGAAAACUGCGUGUUUCAAAAGAACGGAAGCCCGAAGCUUUUAGACCCGCAACAAGAACGCCAAGCACAGUUUUCGUCUUUUUGCGCGCUUAGAAACUUGAGUUGGAACGAGGUUUUGAGGAAGGGAACGAAGUAUUACAGCGAUGACUUUAGUCGGUUUUGUGAUCAGAAAAUGAGCGGUAUAAUCACGUCAUUGAACUGGACCCGGCCCUGGCCCGAACAGUUGUUGCAAGCGUUUUUUGUGGCGGCUAAGUGCAUAUGGUUGUUACAUUUGUUGGCGUUUUCGUUUAAUCCGGCGUUGGGGAUUUUGAGGGUGGAAGAGAAUAGAAGCUUUGAUGGGAUGUUCAUGGAGGAUGUGUUUGUGGAUAGACAACGGGUUCAGAACCCGACCCGAGUGAAGGUUAUGGUGAUGCCUGGGUUCUAUGUGCAAGAUAGGGUAUUAAGAUGCAAGGUUCUUUGCAGGUAUAAGACUGCUGGUUGAAAAAAUAAACACUAGUCUUAAUUUGUCAAUCUUUGUUUAUUUUUUCUUAAGUGGCUAACAAAAUGUUCUCUUUAUGUGGAUUUAAUCAAUUGUGUUGUACCUUAA